AUGAUUUGCACAGAAGAACUAUUUGCCCCCAGAAAUAAUACCCUACACAAGGACUGUCCUCCAGAUUGUUCCGGAAGGAAGAGAGUCAGAAGAAUUCCACCCAGAAGAAUCUACUGCUGGCUGAGAGGCUGUUGCCCAGGCAGAGAUGACAACUGCAUCUUUCAAUACAAUGCCAGAAAUGCCACAUGCUACUGUGAUGAAUUUUGUGCUUCAGAGCCUCCCGAUUCUAUCGACUGCUGCCCAGACUUCUGGCUAGUCUGCCACAAGCAUACUCCAGAGCAUAUAAGACCUCAGAACUCAAGGACUCCCAGUCUCUAGCCUGGUUGCUUCAAAGAUGGCCAUCAUUAUGAAGAAGAAGCAACAUUUAAAGAUAACUGCAACAGUUGCAAGUGUGUAAACAGUCAUUGGAGAUGCACAGAUGAAACGUGCCUCAUUCAGCUCAAAUUAAUUGAGCAAAUCAACAGUGGGACCUAUGGAUGGAAAGCUGAUAACUACAGUCAGUUCUGGGGAAUGACCUUGAAAGAAGGUUUCAAUUAUCGCCUUGGCACAUUUCACCCAUCGGCUGCCCUCCUGGACUUGCAACCUGUCACGGAAAACACAGCAGCUGUUGCAGACUUCCCCGGAUUCUUUGUGGCUUCCUACGAAUGGCCAGACUGGAUUCAUGAUCCUUUGGACCAAAGAAACUGUGCAGCAUCCUGGGCGUUUUCCACUGCAAGUGUGGCUGCAGAUAGAAUAGCAAUUCAUUCCCAAGGCCGUUUCACGGACAACCUUUCACCUCAGAACCUGAUAUCUUGUGUCAUCAAGAAUCAGCAUGGCUGCAAAGGAGGAAGGAUAAGUAACGCUUGGUCUUAUAUAAAAAAACAUGGGCUGGUAUCCCAUGCCUGCUACCCUUUAUUCUGGAGCCAGCUUCACCCGAUGAUUUGUGCCAUUACAAGUGUGUUGGAUGCUGAGGGGAAAAGACGGGCCACAAACCCGUGUCCAAAUCAGUUUGAAACAUCAAACCACAUUUAUCAGUGUGGCUCUCCCUAUCGAAUCUCUUCAAAGGAGGCCGAUAUAAUGAGAGAAAUCAGAGAAAAUGGUCCAGUGCAAGCUGGAGAAAGUGCUGACUGGUUCUUGAUGUCUUCAGCAUUCCGAGACCAUCAGGAGUUACAAAAGAUGUCAGGCAGGUUGGCUUCAAAUAGCACCGGAUAA